AUGGACAUGGCUUCCAGCAACGAAAUUCGAGCACCAAUUAAGCCACCAAUGCGUUUCAUGUUGCCCCACGAGAUUUUCCACGGCACAAAACCAGCACACGAAUGGUACGAACAUAUGGAUAAUCAUGAUUAUGAUGAUAAUGAUGAGGAGGAGGAAGAGGAGGAGGAGGUUGGUUAUUGUCAUUUUCAUAAUGAUUAUUGUUAUCAUAAUGAUGAUGAUGGUGAUGGUGAUGAGGAUUAUGAUGAUGGUUAUGAUGAUGAUGAUGAUGAUGAUGCUGAUAGUGUUUUCUCACUGCUUGUGCAAGAUGAAAUUGAUCAACAUGAGUCUGAAAGCUUCACAAGUGAUCAUUAUUAUACUCUGUCUCUGGAUGGUCAUGAUCAAGAUCCAACCGUUCAUCAAGAUGAUGAUCAAGAUCCAACCCUUUAUCUAGAUGGUGAUUAUGAUGAGGGCUAUUUGACAGUGCCAUUAUCCCCACCAAGAUCUGUAUUAUACUUUGACUGCAACAUGUGCACGAAAGUGGCAAGAGAGCCAGUUGUGACUUCAUGUGGGCAUUUAUAUUGCUGGCCUUGUUUGUACAGUUGGUUGAAUAUCUACAGCGCUCAAAGGGAGUGCCUUGUUUGCAAGAGUAAAGUGUUUGAUUCUUUGAUCACUCCUAUUUACAACUGCAGAGACAUCAACUCUGGCUUCAAAGUGCCACCAAGACCAGAACCAAAGGGGCUUCGUCUCUCUUGA